UAGCUGACUGCUGGAGUGGGCGCUUGCGCUUUGAGACUUGGCGGGGUGAUCAUGAUGAUCAGUUUUCAGCCUGAUUUGUGCAUUUGGCACCGGUCCCCUAUUCUAUUUCUUUUCCGUCAUCAUGUUCGCCGAGUUCCCUGAGCUCAGAGAUCCCCCAUCCCCCACCACAACCUGCUCCAGCUCCCCGCCGACCCUCGACACGAGCACCCUCGCCCUCCUCGAUGACUUCCUCUCCACCAAAGCGCAGGAGGAGGCCCGCCUCAACGAGCUCGCGCUCGCCACCGCUAGUCUCACCACUAGCGACGACGAGGACGCCGAGGGUGAAGACGACUCCACCCCCGCCACCCCGCCCAGACCCAAAAUGAUGUCCGUGGACGAGUACCAGGCCGCAUUCGGCGAGGAUUGGCAGCUGAGCCAGUUUUGGUGCGCCUUGUUCCGCAUGCGGCCUUGCGGGGUGCUAACGCGCCCGAUCACCCCUUCCUCCAGGUACAGCGCGCGCUUCGCCCGCCGGCUCGCGCAGGCGAUCCAUGGACUCGUCCAGCCCUCGUCGACGAUUGCGUUCAUGUGCUGCCCGACCGCGUACGUGGGCUUCCAGCACGAGUAUGCGCACGAGGGGGCGCGCUUGCUGGAAUUCGACCCGCGGUUUGAGCUGCUGGGGCGCGAGCAGUAUGUGCGGUACGACCUGAACGAGCCGGAGAAGCUGCCGUCGAGCAUAAGGGGGAAGGUGGACGUAGCGGUUGUGGAUCCGCCGUUCUUGAAUGAGGACACGAACGCGAAGGCGAUCGAAGCGCUUCAGCUGCUGCUUGCACCGGGGGCGAAGCUGCUGUUGUUAACAGGAGUGUCGACGGAGGCGAUCCUGGAGCGCCUGUACACGGAACCUCCGGUGGGCCCGCUCGUGAAGACCGCGCUCGAGGUCGAGCACGGCAGCGGCCUUGCCAAUGACUUUGCGUGCUGGGGGAACUGGCUAGAGGCGAAAUACCUGGGCAGGGACAUAGACGACGACCACGACAAGCCAUGAUCAGUGCAGGCUCCCUCCGGUCGGCCAGCGAUGUCCCCGCCAAAUUGAGGAUGUGCCCAGGCUAGCAUAUGUCGCUCAGUCCUACCAAGUGCUCUCUCCCACCAUGCAUCUCGUGCGACGACCCACGUUCAUUCAGGCCCGCCGACUCACCAUCGGCCAGUGGACAGAGAUAGCCAACCUAG